ACAACAGACAGAGCGGCCAGUCAGCCAGCCAGCCAACAGUACCAGUUUCGACUCCCAAUUCAUGUAAAUUGGAAUCCAGUACUGUGCCGAAAAUCUUAUAGAUACCUUGUGUUCCCGGUUGGAAUUUUUCGCAUAAAAAUUAAGGUUAAACAAAAAAGAAAAAUCAGAAAGAAAAGAGCAAAGCAAAAAUGAAUUCAAGAGAAUUGAAUGAUUGAGUGUUUGUGCAACGCGUUUUGUGUUGCCAUUAAGGCAGCAAAACAAGAAAUAAUUAAGAAAAAAUAAUAGCAAUAAUAACAACAACAAAAUGCAUUCAAUAAGUUUAUAAAACAAGACGAAAAAAUCGCAAAGAAAAAAACCUCAAGCUGUUGGUAGUGUCGCUCGCGUCUUCGUCUUUAUCCAUUGCCCUGCAAUGUCGUAAAAAUGUAAAAAUUCGUAGCUACAUUGUAAAGCUAGUGUACGGCCAAAAGGUGCGGAUCGGAGCAAGUUGUAUGUUGCGUGUUUGUGGUGAAAUAAGUUUCCAAUUUCUGGCCAUUUUUUCGCCAAGAAAUGCCAAAAUCCAAAAAUUAUCAAAGCAACAUUGAAAAUUACAUUAAAAAAAUAUUGAAAAAUAAAUAUCAAAAGAAAAAAAUAUGAAAUCGAAAUAGGAUUUGUGCAAUAUACAUAUUUUCAACAACAAAAAGUUACGUGGAAAAUUCAAGAAAAUGGAAGAUAAUCAUAUACACGAAGUGAAUCCCAUUUAAGUGAAAUCAAUUGCGAAAAACGAAUACCUGUGAAAUCGGUUAAGAGAGAUCAAUGAUGGCUUUUCUUCCGUGCAGAAGAAAAUAGUACAUCCUUAAGUGAAAUAAAAACAUCAGAAAUCCCUCCCCCCCCCCCAAAAUUAUUAUUAAUGGGCCCCGCAAAGGAAUAACCACACAAAUAUUAAGUAAUUUCCCGACAUCCCCAUUUUACGGAUUUAUUUCGUUUUCUUUCUCCCUUUCCCUCUGGCAUCGGUAAUGAAAAAGACACCGCUCAAUAAAGGGGGUCACAUGUAAAGGGGGAUGGGACCUAAACGCCGUUUAUCUGUUGCUGAGCGACAGCAACGUUCAAGUACGGUAGCCAGUACGACAGCAGCAGCGGCGUCUUCAGCAACAACAGCUUCGGCCAAAAAACAACGUUCCGCCACCGGUAGUGCCAGUCAAUCGCCUGCUUCACGUAAACCUUCGGCCAAAACUGGAAACACUACAGCUCCAGCUUCCACCUCGGCGGCUGGGACACCCAACAAAAAGGAUAACACAAAAACGGUGUCACCCUCCAAAAAGAAUCCUAAGUCUGGGAGUGCUAAAGAUAAAACCGAUCCAGAGCCGGUAACAUCAUCGCCCAGCAAAGACGCUUCCAAGCUACACGAACGUUCGAAGAGUAAAGAAAAACCCAAAGCGGAAGAAGAGAAAAAGAGCACAACACGAGCUUCGUCCAGAGAGAAUGUCAAGAAGACAUCGACGGAGAAUAAUGAAACCCAUCCACUCAAGUCACAAAAAGAGGAACUGAAAAAACAAUUGGAAAAAGACAAGGAAGAUUCACGCAAAGAGGGUCCUCAGAGUUCCAAUUCAAGUACCAUAAGUUCCGUAGAGUCCUCUGGCAAGAGUCAGGACAAAAAGGAUGGCAAACACAAGGCCAUUAGUAAAAUGCUUAAGAACUUAGAUAUUAAAAUAAGCGGAUUCGAUAAUAUCCUGCCCAAGGAACAAAAUAUCCAGGAGCUUGGUAUGAAAUCGUCGAUAUCGGAAAAUGUCAAAACGAAAUCACGGGCGGCAGCUGUCAAAGUUAUAGCCACCUUGAGUAACAAUAACAAGCCGCUGAAGAGGCCUAAGGUGAGUGAGGAGGACAGGAGAAGAGCACAAAGUUCGAAAGUAAGUGAAAAGGCGAAGGCAGGUGGUAAAGAGAGCCAGGUGGAGAAGAGUGGGAUACAAACGUCUAAAGGGGAGGAGAAAAAAGACGAGGAGGAAGGUAAAGCGGAUCAGCAAUUGGCGGGUGAUUUGGGAGAUAAUAAAAAGAAAAAGGCCAGAAUGGAAAGCAAUCCAAAGCAGAAAAAAGUGACAAUGGCAAAGGGAAAGGAAGAGAAAUGUAAGGAAAUGGAAGAGAAGGAUAAGCAAGAGUUAGAAGAGCUGCCAAAAGAGGAGAACAAAAAAGAUGAAGAAAAGGAAACAAAGCAGGAAGCUGUGGAAAGCAAGGAAAUCAAUGAAUUCUCGGAAGUAAACAAAGAUCAGAAAAGUGAAAAGGAAAGUAGGGGAAUGGAGGAGAAGAAGAACGUGGAGAAGGAUAAAGAAGAAAUCAAAGAAGAGGAAACAAUUAAGUCGACUAAGGAAGAAUCUCAAGAACCAAAGGUGGCAACACCUCAAAAACGAAAAUCUCCAAAACACAAAAUAACACAGAAGGAGGAAACUCCGGAAAAGGAAACCAAGAAAAUACUCGAAAAGGAAGAAGAAACGGAAGAAGAGAAAAAUAAAAUAGAUGAUAAGGUUAAAGAGGAUACGAAGGUCGAAGCAACCCCAUUGGAAGAAGAAAAAUCAAAAACUCCCAGUAAAUCUCCCAAAAAAUCUCCCAGUGGUUCCAAUAAGCCCCCAGAGACCCUGGAGGCAUCCGAAGAGCUGAAGCAAACAAAGUGCAAUAAAUUAGACGAAUUCUAUGAAGAAGAAAAGGAGGAAAUACUCAAGGUGACCAUAGACUCAAAUACGGAGGAAGUGCAAAUGGAAAUCGAGGAGAUUGCGGUUCAGAAGUCUGGUCAAGGGGGUAACUCCAAUAGGGAGGAGCAACAACAGCAAGCUAAGGAAGAUGCGGAAACUCCAACAAAAGAGACAACAACAGAAUCAGCUCCAAAGGAAGUCAGUAAAACUCUGAGUUCUGACAAACCUCCCAAGGUGUUGAAGACCCAGCCUCCCAAGAUAGCCAACAUCAAGCAGAGGCUUCAGCCCAAAUACAAGGUCAAUCCCAUCAAACCCAAGAUACCCAAACCGGUUACCAAAAAAUCUCAAUACUCAAAAAUCAUGGCGGCCAAGGCUAAGACGGAAAACAAGGAAGCCACGGCCAAGGAUGAUGAUAUCUAUGCCUUUAAAUCCGGCUCAGAAGAUGAGGAGAACAUACGCAUGGAAUUGCCCACACUUAAGAAUCUCUUGGAAUUCUCUGAGGAAGAGAAGAAGACCCAGAAGAAGUCCACACCCAAAAAGGAGCCGGCAAAGUUCUCCUCGCUCAAAGAAAAGGCUCAAAACGAUGAAGAGAAGGAGGAAAACAAAGAAGAGGAAAAAGAGCUGAAAGUGGCAAAAGAGGAUCUUGAAACGAAAGAGGAGGAUAAGGAGGAUCUUGCCAAAGAUGAGUUGGAAGUUAAGGAUCGGAAUGAGGAGGAUAAGACAGAAGAAGAAAAGGGUGCAGAAGAAAAGACAGAGGAAGAAGGAGAAAAGGAAGUGGUCAAUAAAAAGCCACCCAAAAAGGAAUUAACCAAAAAGAAACCCCUUGCCCUGAACAAAAAGCUAAUGUCCGCCAAGGUCAAAAAUCUGCAAAAGCAAAAGAACCUGAAAGCUGGCAGGCCGGCAAAAUCGAAAAUAGGGAAAAACUUUGAGAAGCCCACCAAGAAAGUCGGUAAAAAAUCCAAUGGAGAUGAGGAAGAAACUGCCGAGAGUAGUGACUCCGAGGAUGAUAAAAAUCUGAUUGUCUUUAGCCAAAAAAGGCAUCGCAUGGCCUCUUUAAAUGCCCUCGCCAAGGUGCAGUGUCUCUACGAAAAUGAAUCUCGCACAGCCUAUGAAUUGGGUCUGUCCAAAGCCACAUUAAUGCCGCCAAAGAUACGGACCCUGGACAACAGUGAUGAGGAGAAGGACAAGGAUAAAAAACAGGAGGAUACUCCCACCCCAAAACAAAAGGAAAAGGAUGCAGAAAAGGACAAGGAAAAAGAGAAACCCAAGGACACGCCGGCCAGCUCCACAAAAUCAGAGGAUAAACCCAAAACCAAGAAGGAGAAAAAGUCCGAAGACCCUUUGAAGAUUGAGGAUGCCCCUAAGGCGGAAAAGGAACCCACAGAACCCAUUGAAGAGCCUGUGGGAGAGCUGAAAAGGGAGCAACGCAAUGAUGCCGGCGGACGAGGUUUUGGCAAAUACUGGGAAUUCGAUAGCGAUAGUGAGCUAGACGAAAUCGAACAAAUGAGACUCAAAAAGAAAAAGCUGCAAAAGCGGCUGCAAGCCAAGAAAGAAAAGGAAAUGGAAAAGCAGCUUAAGGCAAAAGCCAAGGGAGAAGGUGAAUCCAAGGAACCGGAAACACCCAUUAAAGUCAAACGGAAGUAUACAAAAAUCAAGAAACCCCUUAAGAAAAUGGUUAAACUAAGCACCGGUAGUUCGGCGGAGGAGGGUAAUUCUGAAUCUUCGGAUAAGGAAGAAGGCGGGGAUAAAGAAAAGCCGUCAAAACUCAAGCUACCAGAGGCCAAAAAGCCUCCGAAGAAACGAAAGCGGAUUUUCAAAGAGGAACUCAUUGGGGACUAUAAGGGUAUAUUGGCCCGCAAGCGUAUGGCCAGCUUGAAUGCCAGUGCCAUUGUGGCAGCCACCUAUGAAGUGGAACGACAUUUGGAUAGGAAUUUGGGCCAGCUCAGUGGCUAUGAGACCUAUGAAGAUGAGCAGAAGACGCCGAGUAAAAAGUCCAAGGAGGCCAAGGGUAGGGAAGGCAAAGCGGUCAAAACGCCCGGCAAUGCCAGUGCCUCGGCCACAGGUGCGGCAACAGCAUCACCCAGUAAGACAGCCACUCCCGAUCUUACAAGGGAGGCAACUGUAACUGCAGCAGCCAACCCCAGUUCGGUGGUAUCCCGAAGUACUCCCACAAUCAAAGAAACAACAACAAGCACAUCUAUGGAACCUACAGCAACUAGCAGCAAUACCACGACCUCCACCACCACCACAACACCCACUCCCCUUACAACAACUCCUUUGAAAACCUCUACUCCUGCUGUCGCUGAAACAAAAUCCACCCAAGCCACUCCCAACACACCCACGAAGCUGGAAAAACAACCCACAAAUAUCUGUGAGGAAAGCAAUGAUUCCAAGUAUUCCAAGGAUACCAAAGAAACCAAUACAGAUACAACUACUACCACCACAUCGAGUUCGUCGGGUAGCAGUACCACAACGAGUAGCACGAAAGAGGCCAAGGAUUCAAGUCGUCCCACCUCAUCGAGUGUGGUUAUUGUCCAGGAUACAGAUGUCACCAUUACUGGGGUCUAUGUCAAUUCAAGUUCAGGUGCUGGCCAGGAGGCCUAUUGUAAGAUGCAAUAUCGUGUUCAGUCUAGCGUUACGGAGGAGCGUUUGCUGAGGCCCGGUUCAACGGAGCCACCGCCAAAGUCUUAUACGCCAUUGAGUGCUCUGUCAAGUAUGCUGCCUCCCGGUGCUGCCGGCAGUGGGGCUAGUGAAGGCACUCCAAUUGUCUCACCUCCGCCCACAACUGCCACCUCGCAGGCAACCUCGGCCUCAUCACUGUCGGAGACACUGAAUGCCGCCGCCGGUCUCUACAACCCCGCCGAUUUGGGCAUUCACACUGAACCCAUGGAACAUCAUGGUCCACCGCCUCCUUCCUAUGCGGCGGCAGCAGCAGCAGCGGCUGCUGCCUAUCAUGCACAUCAUAUGUCACCACAUGGCGCUGGCGGGGUGCAUCAUCAGCAUCAAUAUGCCCAUGUGCAUGCCCAUCAUCAGUAUCAACAGGCCGGUGCCGAACAUCAUGGUAUGCCACCACCGCCUCAUCACUAUGCCGCGGGUCCUCCGCCACCAUCACAUUAUGGGCCGCCACCACCGGGUCAUUGUGAUCCUGGUUCGCCACCGCCAACAUAUCGUGCCAGUAGUGGAUAUCCGAGUAGUGCAACAGGUGUUGCAUCAGCGGCACCACCUCCUUCAAGCCAGCCCCCAUUGUCGGCUGGCUUGGGUGGCAGUGCAUUCUGUUCCACAAACAUCCAUCAUCAGCAGCAGUCACAGCAGCAUCAACAACAACAACAUCAGCAGGCACAAGCAGCAGCAGCAGCAGCACAACAGCAGUCGGGAUCUCAGGGCGCAGCAAAUGAAACAAGUGGUUACUACCAACCAGCGGGUCCAUUGAUCUCACCACAUGUUAUACAGCCAGUUACAGCUGGACCACCACCGCCUCCAUCAUCGUUACCACCAAAUGUGCCAUUGUUAGCGACGACCAACACAAAAGUCAAAUCCCAAACACAAUCGGCGACGGUCGUCGAUGGCGGCGAACAUCUUCCGGCGCCCGGCCAACCAAAUGCAUCGCCCGCCGAGGGUGGCGAUUCCGAACUCCUACUAACCGGCGGCGAUUUGGCACCCUAUCGUUAUCCACCACAAAGUGGUAAUAGCAGUGCCGCCGCAGCGGCAGCCGCUGCCCAUCACAAUCAACAACAGCAGCAGCAACAACAUCAGCUACACCAACAGGCAGCCGCUCAUGCAGCAGCAGCGGCGGCUGCGGCCGCAGCAGCACAUCAAAGCCCACCAUAUCCCCGAUCAAUGCAUGCCCAAAUGCAUUAUGCCCCCGCAUAUCCUGCAAGCUAUUAUUCACCGUAUCCCGGUGAACCAAUGUGUUAUUCACCACCUGCCUAUCAACCGUAUUUUCCAACAACCAAAGUUUAUCAAAGUGCCCCACCACCACCGCCACAUCAUUCGGCCUAUCGCCGUUACCCCUACUAUCAGCCGGGUCAUCCGCCACCACCCAGCGAUCUAUAUGAACAAGGACCGCCGCCGCCACCACCUAACUCAGCUGGUUCGACUGGCGGCCAGGUGGCAGGACCACCACCGCCGCCAAGUCAGGCAGGUCAACCGCCACCACCACCGCCACCGGGUGGCACACAAUUGGUGCCAGCAGGUCCGCCGGCCGGUCACAGUCAACAUUUGGAACAUUAUGCCGGACCACAGGGCUAUUAUGCGGGCUAUGGUACUGGCAGCAGUGCAGCCGGUCAAUGUUAUACACGCAGUAUUCAGGCUCCGUAUAUGGAAUAUCCACCACAAUGUCCGUGUCCAAUGCAACAAUCGUGUCCAAAAAACGUCCAUACUGGGCCUCAUAUUGGUAGCAACAGCAGCAGCAGCAACAACAACAGCAACAUCGUCAACAACAGCAGCAGCAGCAAUUACAACAGCAACAACAAUGUCAAUCACUCUCUCAACGGCAGCAGCAGCAACAACAAUACAUCAUACAAUCAUCACAGCGGCAGCAACAACAACUCAACCUCCACGGUGGCAUCCAUGAGCAACAAUCAUUGCAGCAGCAACAACAACAACAGCAACACCUUGAAUGUAUUGAGUUUGCAGCAGCAGCAGCAGCAACAACAGCACAACAACAAGUCGCAAACGAACGAUUCGACUAUGACGAACAACAACAACAACAACAGUAAUCGUCUUAACAACAAUACACCGAAUGCCAACAACAAUAAUGCCGUCAAUACCAAUAGAGGCCCAGUUAAAAAUAUUCCCAACCCAAUGGAACCAAUACCGACAAACCCGAAUAAAAUCCCCCUACUAACGAUAGCGGUAAAAACCGAAUUGGCUGUCGACGACACCGACAACAAGAGCCAGUACGAAGAGAAUGUCGUUACACCCCUAACACCGCCCGACUGUUAUAGUACAAAUGAAGACAAACUAAGGGAUACGAUCGACACCGAUCAUAUGGCCGAUAUUCAGGACCAGGAUCAAGUCAUAGAUAAAACGGCGAACAGUGCCGAGAUGGAGGUCACCUCUCAUUUACGUGGCAUAGCUGCCCAGGUCCAACCCAUAGAGGCCUAUGAUUUAACCACCAGUACCCCACCCCUAGCGAAUGGGGUAAAUGCCAGCGUUCCCAUUGUGGGAGCCACAAAUUCUCCACAUAUGAACACGGUGGGAAGGAAGGCUCGCAUUGGCAAAUCAAUGGCCAGGAAUAUGGUGUAUGCAGCCAAUCAAGUAAGUUCUACAAAUCCGCCUGGAGUACAGCAGCCACCACCGCCUGUUGGCAUCCAGAGUCGCAAUGGAUCCCAGCCUGCAUCACCACUACAUAGCAGCAACACUUCAUCCCAAGCCACCACAACACCCCUGCCAAAAACUUCCGUUACCCAAAAAGUCACAACACCUGAGCACAAUGGCCUGGGUAAAAUAGCUGCAUCUCCAUCUCCAGCACACUACCUGGUGCAUAAUGUCAUGACCAAACAGGAAAUCGAUGAAGUCCAUGCCCCACUUUUGCUUAAGGCCGAAAUCAAAUCCGAGAAAAUCAAACUGGAAGAUGAGCAGCUGAUCGAUACAAUGUUGCUGCAACAGCAACAGCAUGUUGCAGCCGCUCCACAACAGGCGCUCAGCCAACAAUCAGCCUCUCAAAAACAUAUCAUUCAAGAGAAAGAAGAGCUUAAAGUCAUAAAAGCCGAGCCGAUUACACUCUGCGAAAUUUUACAUGAAAGCAAGGUAAAGGUGGAGCUAGAUUGUGAAAUUAUUACGCCACACGAAGAGAGAAAAGUGGCGCCCAAUUGCAGCAUGGGCGAGGGUGCUAGCAAAUCUCAAGGUAGAAUGCGUCUAUUGUCCUCCAGACACUGCUUACCCGCCACAGCUCGAUCACCCCUGCCAGCCGUGAACUGUGACAUAGACCUCUCCACAACAUCAGAUGAUGAGGUGCUCGAUUUGUGUCACAGUCCUGUGGCGCCCAAAUGUUCGGGGAAGCGUAGAGGAAUUUUGGAAAUUAACAAAAACCAAUGCAAAAAAUCACCCCCCAACAGCUAUAAGAGCCUAAUUAAACAAGCCGAACCCAAAACGUAUCUCUGUCUGAGUCGUAAAUUUGAAAAGAAAUCACGAUUUGGUCGCAUCCACUGCUCAAAAUCGCCCAAAGGUAGUGCUGCCCUCAACAAUGGCAUACGAAGACGAGAAUUAAUGUUGACCGAUCAGCAGAAGGAAAGUCUAAGGAAUCGAAAGAAAAAGCUUGCAGCCAUGGAGAAACGACGGCGUGAGACGAAGGAGCAAAGGAGAGCUGAGCUGCGGCAAAAACGCCGCAAGGAAGCCAAAGAGGCAAGCAAUCAACCCGACAUUAAGGGUGAAGAGGAACCUGAUAGAGAGGAGCAGGCUAUUAAAAAAGAAGAAGCCGAAGAGGAUGAGGUGGUUAACUUGGUUGAGGAUGAAGUGGAAAUGUUGGAAAUCCAGAAGCCACAGCCACAAUUAUUGGCCAACAACAAUGAGGCCAAGUCAUCGCCUCAGAUAACCCCAAAACCCUCACCGAAACGAGGUAAACCGGCCAAGAAACCAGCCAUACCCUUGCAUUUAAUGGAAACUAUUGAUGCAGUUGCCCGAGGAUAUUUCUCAGAACCCGAAUGCCGUACAUCAUCGUCACUGGUCACAACAACAACAACAACAACAACAUGCUCUCCCAGUCCACACAAGUCCUCCCAUAUGGCAAACGAAUCAAAAGCUGGCCGCAGUCCUUUGGCCCAUAAAAUCCACAAGAAAUCAAAAACCACUUCGGAAAAACGUUCCAAAUCGGAAACAAAGAAACCUCUCAAAGUUCAAAAUGCCAUCAACUCUGAACCAUUAAAUGUUCGAACGGUUUUCGAUGCAGUUCCAUCACUAACAGCAACUACCUCAAAGUCAGCAGCUUUGGCGAAUACAACGCACAUGACGGCUAGUGAUCCCAGCAUUGAAUAUCUCGACCAGAAUAGGUGCAAAUCCGCGGAACCCAAACAGACAACCAAGAGCGCCAAGGAGGGAAAAUCGAAAAAAUCAAAGGUGGAACAAAAGUCUUCUAAAAAAUCAAAAUCCAAGGAACGACACUCGAUGGAGAAUAACUCCAUGGACUGCGUAGCCGAACCGAUAUCCAGUGCAGCAAUGGAAACGAACAACAAUGAAAUUCCUAAAGAAGCUCAAAUUUUGAAUGGGGAACCUCCUGAAGAUACCAAAUCCGACGAAACGGCGGAACAGGCUGUAGAUGGGACAAAGGAGAUGGUAAUAGAGCUGGAUGGGGAACAGCACAAUGUUUCAUCUGUUGUCACAUUAAACGCUCAAAACACCCCCGAACUACCAGAUGCUGGAGCUGAUGCUGAUCUUCCAUCCACAACAGAACAUACAUCUGUGACAGAACAUUCCAAUGGAAAUAGCAGUACAACAUCAACCACACCAACGCCGCAGCAGCAGCAGCAACAACAACUUUUUAUACAGCCCACAUUACCUCCAAUGCCCCGGGUGGUGUGUCACCAUCAUGGGGUCAAGCGAAAUCGUUCACGUUCCAAAUUUGGCAAUCGAAAGCGUCAAAAGUUGAAACAUUCCACAGUGUCGUUUGAGCUGGACGAAACACUGCCGCCGGCCACACGUAAUGAUGUUGUGCCAAAAUGGAAUAAUGGCUGGACAUGGGAGGGUGAACAGUUCCAGGGGGCGGUGUUCUUGAAUAGCGAUGAUCCUUUGGUCAUACGUACUUGUUAUCCUGCUAUGCGUCACGUUGAGGGUGAUAUUAUACGCACCCGUGACUGUGUUCUUCUAAAGGCCAAUGAAGAUAACGAGCUACCCUAUGUGGCCAAGGUUGCCCAUCUCUGGGAAAAUCCUGAGGAUGGUGAAAUGAUGAUGUCUCUCUUGUGGUACUAUCGCCCCGAACACACCGAACAGGGACGCCAACCCAGCGAUAGCCCAGAUGAGGUGUAUGCCUCACGACAUCGUGAUCACAAUUCGGUUGCCUGUAUUGAAGAUAAAUGCUAUGUCCUGACAUUUAGUGAAUACUGCAGAUAUCGCCGAAGACUACGAGCAGCCGAAGAAGAUAUCGAAGAUGUCAAUAUUGUACCGAAACGACCCAAUUACUAUAGUAUACGUGUUGUACCAGAGAACACAAAUCCGGAAUUGGUUAUGUUCUGUCGUCGAGCAUAUGAGUUCCGGACCAGACGUCUUCUUAAGAUGCCAAAUAAGCAGGAUUAUUAUGUAGUUAAUUCAUAGAUUGAUGUAAACACGAGCUGUUUUCGACGUGCUCUCGCUCUCUCUGUCUCUCUCUCCCCCAUCAACACGUAGUGGAAGAGCAGAUGGAUAUCAAUACAAGAAAUAAAACAUAACCUCAAAAGUGCAUACAACAAACAAAGAAAUGAAUUGUUAAGGCCUUUUAUGAAACAGUAAACAUUUAUUUAAGUAAAUUUUUUUUAGUAGAUCAUUUUGCAUUCUCCCUCCUCACCAACAAGAUGGGGGGAGGUGUAAAACUAAACUAAAUUAUAUAACAAAAAAAUAAUAAUUAACACAAAAACAAUGAAGCUAAAAAACAAAUACUAUUAUUACAUACAAGGUACAUUUACAUUAAAACAUACAUCCACAUACAUAAUGUGUGUGUGGUAUGUAUGUACAUCAAAUCUAGACUACAACAACUAGUAUUAAAAAAUAAAAAAACUGAACAUCAAAAGCUAAGAAAAAGUUACCAACAAAACUAACCACAAAAUUUAACCAAAAUAUUUAGGCAUAAAUUUAAGAAAAUAACAACAACAAGAACACAAAACCGGAAGCAGAAUUAUCUAUUGAAACUAUUAUUUUUACUCUAAUAAUAUUAGAAACCAAGGCUAAUUUGAAAUUAGUUUUUUUUUUAAUUUUUGUAAUGUAAAUUGUUUUUGUAAGGAACUUUUGUGAGUUUAAAUUUAAGUUGCAUAUGUAUAUUUUUUUAAGAAAAGAAUAUAUUUUCUAAUUUCUAUAUUCAAAAA